AUGGAAGAUAACAGGGAUCUUAAAAUAAUAGUUGUUGGAAAUUCUAGUGUUGGUAAAACAAGCUUGAUUGUAAAAUAUAAAACUAAUCAAUUCUCACUAUAAACUACUGGUACUGUGGGAGUAGAUAUGUCAAUUGAUAAGAAUGUGAAUAUUAAUAAUAAUAUGUAUGAUGUUGCUAUUUGGGACACAGCUGGUCAAGAAAAAUAUUAAUCAAUUGUGAAAAUUUCAUCUCAAGUAUUUUUAUGCAUUUUCAUUUAUAGAAUGCUCAUGCUUCUUUGAUAUGUUUUGAUUUAAGUGAUCCUUUAUCAUUAGAUAGUGUUGCUUCUUGGAUUUAAUUCUUAAAAUCUGAGGGACCUUAAAAUAUAUAAAUAAUUAUAGUAGGUACUAAAAAAGAUCUUAAUGUCUAAUAUACAUAAGAAUAAUUAAAAUAAAUCUCAAUCGCUUGGAAAGCAAAUUUUUAAGAUGAAUUUCCAAUCCAUUUAACUUCCUCAAAAACUGGAGAAGGAAUUUAAGAUGCUUUUCUAUAAGCUUAUGAUUUAGGAGCUAGAGCAAAGUAUGACUUAAAUACCUAAUAAUAAUAAUUAUAAUAAAACAAUAAGAGUUUUAAAAUAAGUACUUCAUAAUUGUUAAGAAGUUAAUAACCUUAAAAUUAAAAAACAGAAGUAAUAAUUUCGAAUACAACUUCUCUUAGAGAGAGUUCAAUGAAUUAUUAAGAAAAACCUUCAAGUUGCUGUUGAUUUUAUUUAUAUCAUAAUUAAUAAUGAAUGAAACAUUGAAAUUAGUUUUAGUGGGUUAAUUAGGAGCAGGAAAAACAAGUCUCUUGUAAUCUCAUAGACAAUAAGAGUUCCGAGUUCAUAAUGCACCAACUAUAGGAAUUGACUUUUAAGGAAUUAAGGAUGUUGAAAUAAAUGGUAAACUUUAUGACAUUUCAAUAUGGGAUACCGCUGGUUAAGAAAGGUAUAGAUCCAUGACAAGGAUGUCCUUGUAAGUAUAAAUUUGAAUGAAUGUAACUAGAAUACUAAUGUAGCAAUUCUUUGUUUUGAUUUGAGUAAUCCUGAUUCAUUUAGACACAUUUAAGGUUGGAUAGAUUUUCUUUAGAUUAAUUGUUAAUCUGAUAUAGGAAUUAUUAUUGUUGGAACUAAAAAUGAUUUACCAACUUUUUAUAAUAAGGAAGAUCUAUAAAAAUUUCUCUAGACUCUAAAUUCAUUAUCUUAAUUGAAAUUAUUUCUUACUUCUGCCAAAACUUAAGAAGGUAUUGAAUAGACUUUUUAAUAUGCAUAUGAAUUAGGAGCAACAAUAAAAAUGAAAUCUUUAUAAAUGGAUAGAUCUAUAUUGUUCGUUCCACCUGAAAAACUAAAUAAAUUGAAAUGUAAAAUAUCAAAAAAUAAUAAUUAUCAUUGUUGUUGA